AUGGAUAACAGCCGCUUUUUUCCUUCUUCCUCUUCUCUGCUCAACCAGGAGCGCACAGAGACAGAGGAGGAGACGAACCCGUGGAACCUGCAGAAAAGGACCCGCAAGAAGGAAGUUGUUGCCUGGAUGGAGCGUGUUCCGCAGACAGAGUUCCCCGCCGUGUCGCUCACCGUCUCGCGGUACCACCGAUCCGAGACCUGUGACUCCUUCGUAGGCAUCCUUUCCCGCCGGUGCCUCAGCUUUUGUUGGGGUAAUAGGAUUUCUCACUGUCUCGUCGUGAGGCGCUGGACCGGUAUGUAG